ACUCUAAAUCAUAUUGUGGCAGGCAUGUUCAAGAAAGAUGGCGUGCCUGAAAUGUGCGAGUUUAUUGCAAGUCUGCAAGGGUGUUCAAGGCUCUUUCUGGAAUGCUACCGGACUUCGUUGGUUUCAGACGUCGGUUCCAGUCACAGCCGGACAACAGUGGAGAUUAGAGGAGGGUCAAGCAGCUAACAACACCCGUUAUGGGCCCCUGACUGACAGGCCAGACUACUCAUUUCUUGAUGGCCGGCCAACUCCACUCAGUAAAGGUCAGAUUAAGAGGAGGCGGAGGAGGAUUGGAAUAGCGAAUAGGAUUAAGUUCCUGGUGGGGGAGAUGAACGAAGCUCGAGACAAAUAUGCGAUGAAACAGGAGGAAGAGGUGAAACAAAAGGACGAAGCUGUGAAGAGAAGACUCAAGCCGAAGACAGAUCAGUGAUAUCAUCCAUUGACUUGCGUGUCAUCAGUGAUAUCAUCUAUUGAUUUGCUUGUCAUCAGUGAUACCAUCAGUAGAUGUGUGUGUUUGUUGAAGAGGUGUUCCAGUUGUGGAAGGCACUGCAAUUUGAUGUGCAGAGUUGUGUCCCUUUCACAUGUCAAGACCUAUGGUGAUGGGUUUGAAUCCCGUUUCCUUUUGAUCUUGUUUCUAGGUUUGUCAGCACCAUACCUGUGCUUGUGGGUUUCAACCUGCGAAGAUUGAUGUUAGACUUAGUCUUCAGCAACCCAUGCUUGCCAUAAGAGGCGACUAACAGGAUUGGGUGGUCAGACUCACCGACUUGGUUGAUGCAUGUCAUCAUAUCCCAAUUGCGUAGAUGGAUGCUCAUCAAAGUGGUAAACGUCUGAGACCUGCAUCACUUUGGGCUACCUCCCAUAUCAAGCGUACGCCGUGAUAUAAUUGAAAUAUUGUUGAAAGCGGCGCUAAACCCAACUCACUCACUUAUUUGUGAAUGUGAACUGAGUGGCUCAGUUGGCCUACGCCAAGUUUCUGCCAGACAUUCUCUGUAUGAAGCGGAAGUAAAAUCAUUAUUCAACUUCAAAUGUUUGAGAUGUUAUCUGCGUGCAGUGGAGCACAAGAACACCUUGAUGAGAGCCAUCGACAUGGCCCAAAAACACAACGGCUUCUGGACUCGCUUCUUGUGGCAUGUGAGGAUUGUCAUGUCUGCACAAAGUUAUAAAUCAAGUGCAGCCAUUUUAAAUUCUCCCACUCAUAUGUAAAUGCUGGAAUUAAAGGUGUUUAGAAUA